AUGAGUGAGAGCCAGUCACCAACACUACGGAAGCGAUCUGCUCUAGUUCUGUAUGGCUCAGAAACUGGUAACGCCCAUGAGGUAGCGGAGGAAUUAGGAGUCCUCGCUGAACGUCUCCAUUUCGUAACUCAGGUCUCUGAGUUGAACCAUGUCAAGCCGGUCUUCACGAUAUUUGCCCUUUCGACUACGGGCCAGGGUGACUUGCCUGCAAAUGCGCGUUCCUUUUGGCGGUCUUUGCUCUUGAAAAGGCUCCCACCCACGUUUCUGAACGGUGUCAAUUUUGUAUCGUUUGGCCUGGGUGAUAGCUCCUACCCUAAGUUCAAUUGGGCUGCGCGCAAAUUAAAUAAGAGAUUACUACAACUGGGCGCAAAGGAGAUCUAUCCGCCUGGGGAAGCCGACCAACAGCACCCAGAAGGACUUGAAGGUACCUUCAUUCCAUGGCUAACGGACUUCCGCCAGCACCUACUAGACACCUACCCGCUCCCUCCAGGCCAAACUCCGAUACCGGAAGACGUCCAGCUACCUCCCAAAUGGGUUUUGCAGCCACAGGUUCAGAGCACAUCAGAUCAGGCCGAGCCUACUGUUCCUGGAAUGCAGGAGGGUCUAGCAGACCCCAGUGAAUUCCCGCAACUCACUCGGUUGGAUCAUGACCUUCGGCCAAUACCAGACACUCUGACGGCCACGCUCACCGCGAACAAGCGUGUGACACCGCCAAAACAUUGGCAAGAUGUGCGUCAUGUCACUUUGACUGUUCCUGACGCUGUUUCGUACGCUCCUGGGGAUAUGAUCUCCAUUACUCCUAAAAAUUUCGCGGACGACGUCCAAGCUCUGAUCACGAUGAUGGGUUGGGAAGAGCAAGCAGAUCAGCCGGUCACUUUAGUCCCUAGAGACAGCCAGUAUUUGGGAGACGAAUCGCACCCUCCCCCAAUUCCAGGUCUUGAAUCAUACCCCCGACUGACACUACGUGCGCUUCUAAUGGACUACUUGGAUAUCCGGGCUAUCCCUCGUCGCGCCUUCUUUUCGACCAUAGCCCAUUACACGAGUGAUGAGAUGCACAAGGAGCGACUACUGGAGUUUACUGAUCCCGAAUUUUUGGAUGAAUUAUGGGACUACACGACGCGCCCGCGGCGAAGCAUUUUGGAGGCGUUAUAUGAGUUCGAUUCGGUCAAGAUCCCAUGGCAGCAUGCGGUUUCGGUCCUCCCCCUCCUCAGGGCAAGACAGUUUAGUAUUGCUAGCGGGGGAGAGUUGAAGCGGACUGCUGAAGGGGGCACGAAAUUCGAGCUCUUGAUCGCAACAGUCAAAUACCGAACUAUCAUCAAGAGGAUUAGAGAGGGCAUCUGCACCAAGUAUAUCUCCGUGCUCCGACCGGGAAGCACUUUGAAAGUCCAGUUACAGCGGGGCGGUCUCAACUCCUCCGUGAGCCAGCUUACUGGACCUACGGUGUUGAUAGGCCCCGGUACUGGAGUUGCACCCUUGCGAUCUAUGUUAUGGGAGAAAGCGGCCCUCGUCAAGGAAUUCCAGGCUCAUCAUGGAGACGCGGAGUCGCCUUUCGGACCAACAAUCCUCCUUUAUGGCGGGCGCAACCGGGCCGCCGAUUUCUUUUUUGAGGAAGAGUGGCAGAAACUAAGCGAUCUGAUCCAACUGCAGGUAUUCACGGCAUUUUCGCGAGAUCAGGAUCAGAAGAUCUACGUACAGGACGUUAUCAGCAAGAACCUCGGCCUGUUCUACCGAUUUCUCCACGAACUGUCGGGGACCGUUUAUGUAUGCGGCUCGUCCGGGAAAAUGCCAGAAGCCGUCAGAGAGUCACUGACUGAGGCAUUUCAGCGGGGAGGGGAGCCAGAAAGAGAACAGUGCAGUCGAGAAGAGGCCGAGGAAUAUUUGAUUGGAAUGGAGAAAUCAGGGCGAUAUAAGCAAGAAACCUGGUGA